CGAGUAGGGUAUCAUGUGCAAGGCAGCUACAAGUGAUAAGAGUGUUUAGUGCUGGUGUCGUGUGCCGCGAGGUGAGGCGAUCGCAGGCUCCUCACGGCAAGAUCGUGAGCAGCCGGGUAUGGCAGAAGAGGAAGGCUGGAGGAUCUACUACGAGCAUCCGUUGACAGCUGCUACCUCUGCGAUGCUGAACAUCAGCGCACCUCCGGACGACCAACCCACCAACUUCAUCUAUGAGUAUUACAGCAAGGAGAAGUUGGGAGACCUCUGGCCGGCGGGCGGCGGAGGGAGUGGUGCAUCCAUCCUUUCCUCCCAGCUGAAGGGUGGAAAUGGUGUGAUUGGUGGUGGUCCAGGGAUUGAACCACUCAACGACAUCCAAGGGUUGUUCCUCGGCGGUGCUGCUUCGGACGAGGUUAAGAGGGAACCGGAAGACCUCAGCCACCACAGGCGAGAGAAAGACAGGCAUAAGGCUUCUUGUGAUUCGGAAGACAACUCGUUUAUGAUGGUCCCCCAGAAUUUCACUCCAGCUAUCGUCUCUUCCCAGCAUUGGACAAAGUGUUCCGAAACUGGAAGAACAGUGCUCCUUGUGACGAGCGAGGUUGGUCAUCAAGACCUUGUCGUUGACGUCGUCAAUAACAACACCGCCCCGAUCAAGGACGAAUUCGUACAUUCCCCCCAGCAGCCGAGCAGGUCGAUGAACGGCACACCGUCUUCCACCUCCUCUCUCAUCACCCCGGAAAAUGCACCGAUUGAGAUCAUCUCUGCAGAAGGCCUCAAGUCGGGCAUCACCUAUGGUGGGCACAUGUUCGGUGGUAGCGGGUCCCCCUCGCCGAUCCCCUACACCGAACACCAAUACACCACCCCCGGAUCCCAAGGUGGAUCUGGAUACGUCACCACCGCCGCCGGCAGGCCAUCUGCCUUCUCAGACCCUUACUACAGAGAAUACUUCUCCGAGCAGUCACCGUACCAAGGUCAGCUGAGGCAGGUGGCCAGCUUUGCGGAGGAAAAUGCGGCAACGGCCUCCUUCGUCGAGCGUUACGUCCGUCAGAGCUCGGCCUACCACAACAAGGGGGUCAUCGCUGCCGCCGGCCUCACCGUCGACCUCCCGUCCCCGGACAGCGGGAUUGGCGCUGAUGCCAUCACUCCCAGGGACCAGCCACCCAUCCAGCAGUCUUUCGACUACUCGGAAAUGCCUUCGCUGCUGGGAGAAGGUAGGGGAAGUCAGAGCUCUCCGGCUGCCAGAUCUCGCCCUUGGCACGACUUCGGGAGGCAGAACGAUGCAGACAAAAUCCAAAUACCAAAAUUGUACUCUGAGUACGGUUUUAAAUAUCACCUAGAAACGCCGAUUUCGACGAACCAACGGAGAGAAGACGAUCGGGUGACGUACAUAAACAAGGGCCAAUUUUAUGGUAUCACGAUGGAGUACAUCCCUGAUCCGGACAGACCACUCAAAGCACAGACUGUCAAAAGCGUGGUUAUGCUAAUGUUCAGAGAAGAGAAAAGCCCUGAAGACGAAAUCAAAGCAUGGCAAUUUUGGCAUGGUCGUCAGCACAGUGUUAAACAGAGAAUCCUUGAUGCAGACACGAAGAAUAGUGUUGGAUUUGUUGGAUGCAUUGAAGAAGUUGCUCAUAAUGCAAUUGCAGUAUAUUGGAAUCCUUUGGAAAGUUCGGCCAAGUUGAACAUAGCUGUUCAGUGUUUAAGCACAGACUUCAGUAGCCAAAAAGGAGUCAAGGGGCUCCCAUUACACAUCCAAAUAGACACCUAUGAAGAUCCAAGAGAUGGUCCUGUUGUGCACAGAGGAUACUGUCAGAUAAAAGUUUUCUGUGAUAAGGGAGCUGAAAGAAAAACGAGGGAUGAAGAAAGAAGAGCUGCAAAAAGGAAAAUGGCAGCAACAGGAAGGAAAAAGAUUGAAGAAUUAUACCACCCAGCUUGCGAAAGAUCUGAAUUUUACAGCAUGGCAGACCUUACGAAACCUCCUGUUCUAUUCACUCCAGCUGAAGAUAUUGAUAAGUUGACACCCAUGGAACUUCAAGGAUUUUACAGUCAUGAAACUGAUACAUCAAGUUUGUCAAAUGGAGAAGCUGGUUCAAUGAAGCAUAGUUCCCCUUUCUUACUUCAUUCAGUAUCUGGAAAACCUGGGCCAGUACCAACACAAACACUCAAGUUUCACAACCAUUUUCCCCCAGAAACAAUUAAUGACAAAAAAGAAGAUGGAUUAACAACAGAUGGAACUGUCUUUUCAAGUCCACCAGUGAAAAGACCAAAAGUAAUACCACCACUCUCUGAAAGGGUGAUGUUAUAUGUAAGGCAGGAGUCAGAGGAUGUUUAUACACCACUUCAUGUUGUACCACCAACAACCACUGGACUUCUAAAUGCUAUUGAGAAUAAGUACAAAAUUUCUGCUUCGAGCAUUAGUAACUUAUAUAGAAAAAACAGAAAAGGAAUUUUGGCGAAAAUUGAUGAGGAGAUGUUAACGUACUAUUGUAAUGAGGAUUUAUUUUUGCUUGAAGUUCGACAUUCUGAGGAGAGUGAAGAUUUAUUAGAUAUAAUCCUAGUAGAAUUGCCAGAGCAUUAAAUCACUCAGGUGGAAAUAAAAAGUUAUCAGUGUCUUUCUCAAUUUUAAGGGGAUCCUCAGAUUAUCAGAUAUAUUAUUGAAUUUAUAAAUAUUUUGUUUUGCACACAUUAAUAACUAAGGGCUUUAUUUCUUCUAAAGAAAUGUUAUUUUAUUAUAUAAUAUUCGUAUAUAUUUUAAAUAUUGUUAAUUGAUUUUUGUAAUAAUGUUUCAUCUUUAUCUUGUUGAUUUAUGUACUUAAGCUCUGAUGUGUUUAUUCGACAAGACUAACAGUCUUGACCUGGAUUGAACUUCUAUAGCGUAGAAUAUGAGUGGGUUCUAUGUUAGUCAGUAUGAUUUAGUAAGAAGCUCAAAAGAAAAUAAUUGAAUAAAAAAAUGCUCUCUAGAUUUCAAUGGUAGUUUUAAUGAUGUAGAAUCAUUUUCCAGAAAUAAUAAUUGUGAUCCAAAAGGCAUUGGUAUUAUUCAGUAGGAUACAUGGAAUCAAAUUUAUCCAUACCUUUUUAAGUUUACAGUUAGGAAUACUUCAUUCUUACUACCCCCUUCAACAAUGCCAUAAUAGUAUAAAAAUAAUUUUUAGCUUCUUUAAUAUAUAUUUUUUGAGACUUUUGUUAUAUCUAUCUUUAAAUUGUUAAAGGAUUUAAAAGACUAUAUUAAUUUAUAGAUUAAAAAUUAUAUAUGACUACCAUCAAUAUAUUUUUAGCAAAAAUAAGAAGUAUUAAGUUAAAAAAAAAAAAACCUAUUUAUAUUUGCAAACGAAUUUGAAAAUGACUACAUCUGAAUAUAGAUACUUUUUGUUUUUCUUGUUUCUUUGAAAUUAAGAAGAUCAUAGAGUUUCAGUUUGGUAUUUAAGGCAAGCUCUCUAAAAUUGGAUUUAUUGAUAUUAAAGAAAAUGAACUUCAUUCAUAAGUGAAGUUCUAUGUCCAUUUUAUAUUAUAAGAUAAAAGUGAUCUCAAUUCUGGUGAUGUAUUAACAACUUGCCAUAUAAGAAAUGAAUCCAUUGUAUACAUGGUUCCAACUUAAUCAAAAUAUUUAGUUGUAGGUCAUCUUUAUAUCAUUGAAUAUGAUUAUCGCUCAAAUUGUAGGUGAUAUGAAUCAAUUCUUGCCACAAUGAUACUAAUAAAAGCUCAAAAGCAUGUCUAAACCUUUAUAGAGUACCUGAAAAUAUAUGUUUUAUUGUUUGAUUUGUUAUUGAAAUUCUUUCUUAUUUUUUGAUUAUUGUGAAAGAAGGCAUGCUUUUUUUUUCUUUUAGAUUUUAAUUGUUUACUAAAAUUAUUGUUAUUAAUAUAUUUGUUAGAAUACGUACAAAGAAAUUAUUUAAGAGGUCACUGUAUAUUUUUACACAUCACAAUAGUCUGAAAUAAUGUAGAAAAAAUCAGUUUGUAUAAAUAUGAAAACUAAGUCUUGCCUAAUUUAUUUAAAAUUAAUUUUAUGGAGGAAUAAUUCUUCCAAUAUAGUAUUUAGAGUAGAAUACUAGGUUAACUUUAUUUUUUAAAGCUUCAUUGUUAAUAAUAUAUUAAUAGUCAAAAACAAAUAUCAAAAGUUUUUUAAGCUAGACCCAUGUGUACAUUUCACUAAUAAGAAGUAUAGUUUGGAAUGUUCAUACCUUAGUUGUAUAUAUUAAGUUAACUCAUGGAAUUGGAAAGAGUAGUAAUAUACAAUGUUCACAAUCAAAUUCUUAUAAAGUAUGACUGUAUCAUUCUACUGGUGCUUGGUUUAAUAGAUACGCCAUUUAUUUAGCAUUACUAAUAAACAAAUAAAAUUAAAAUAUAAAAAAAAAAAACUGUAUUUCUUGGCUGAUCAUAGAUAUAUGAAAUAAAUGUAUAAAAAAAAAAUCUUAAUUUAAUAUCAAUUUAAUUUGCUCAAUACUAAUUUUAAGUUCAUUUAAAUUCAAUUAGCAAUGAAAUGUUCUCUAAGCUUUGAUUAAUGAAUUUGGAAAAUGUACAAGUGUAAGUCUAGUAGUUUUUAUAUCGUAAACGGUUACUAUUGUCAUUGUAAUAUAACUGUGACAUUUGUUUUCAAGUUUAUCUUGAUGAUUUGACACAAGAAAUAUGCAUAAAAUUUUAAUGUUAAUUUUUUAUUAUUAUUAUUUCUGUAAAUAUUUAAUUUUUAGUAUAUAUUUGUUGCAAUAUUUAUGUAAUAUUUUUGCCAUAAGACAAAUGCUAAUGUAUAGCAUAUUAUUUUUAUAAACAUAGUUUUAUUUGAUUCUAAGUAAUGUUAGUAGAAUCAUAGGAAAGCAGCUUGGAUUCAAAUCUAUUAAUCUUAAAACAUAGAUUUGGAAAAUGUGCCAUUUUAUUAUAUUUUGUGGUAUAAUUGGAAAAUACAUGUGUUUAUAUACAUGACAUGUUCCACAAUAUAAAAAGUAUGUUAAAAUAUUUUUAAAGAUACAAAGUAUGUUCCAUAAUGUUAAACAAAUUAGUAAAGAAUAUUUUAAUGUGAAAAUAUGACAAGAGUGUUAAUAAGAUAUUAAAGUAUAAGUGAGAGAUGUGAUUAAUUAUUAUUUUAUAUUGGUUAAAAUGAUAAAUUCAGUGUGGUGCCAGAAGUAGAAUAUGGUUUUUACACUGCCAAGCAGUCAAAACAAAAAUAAAAAUUUAUUCAGUAUUCUUUCAUUUAGCUUUACCUUAGCUUAAAUUAUAUGUGGAUUUUUACAUUAUAAAGCUUUAAAGAUAUUUUAUUUUUUAGAUAACGUAAACACCACAAUAUGGUAAAAUUUAUAAUGUUUAAUAUGAUUGCAUAUUUGUGAGUUUAAUUAUUAUAUAUUACAUAUUUUAGGGGGGGAAAUGAAAUAUGAGUCUGUCUCUGUAUGUGUGAAUGUGUGUGUGUGUAUGUGUGUGUGUGUGUGUGUGAUUUGUGCUUGUGGAUUUGUAUUUCUUUUUUAUUCUACUCAAUGUUGUUGUUUCAGUUUUUGUUUACAUCCCACAUUCAUAUUAUGUAAAAAUAUCUUUCAUAAAAUGUAAUUAUGGUUGACUAGAAUAAAUUAACUAGUAUUCCUGUAAAAUAAAUUGAAACUUCCAUAUUCUAAUUUUAAAUGACUAAAAUAGUUACUUUUUUAAAAAAUGAAAUAAAACUAUAAAAUGACAAUUAAAAAAAUUAAUAUACUGAUCAUAUAAUUUACCUGAAAAAAAG